CCAUCGCCGCCGCCAUCGCCGCCGCCAUCGCCGCCGCCGCCCAACGCGGUGUCUUUAAUGCGGUUGCCGAGCCCCGUCAUCAUCCCCCAACGGCGCAUCACGAACCGCACGCGAGGAUUCGUCUGCAAUUAUUCGUCGUCCUUACGCAAUGCCGGUAUAGACGAAAAAGCAUUCUCGACUUUCAUCAAUCAGCUCAACAGGUUAGCCGAGCUCAAACCUCGUGCCCAAGCUAUCGACUUUAGCGGAUUCGCACACUUGUGCUAUAAUACGCAUUACGACAUUUUUAUCUCCAUGGCAGUUGGAACGGCUUUUGAGACUGCCAAGGGCAUCCAACAUAGCACGGCUAUGAAUAAGCUCAUAGACAAGACGAACGACGAACUCUUUAAGCCGAAGGGACUUGUAUGCCUUCUGAUGACUUGGGAAUCCGAAGGUCCGGAAGGCUCUUCCUUGGAUCGUUCAUUUAGGUCAAGGCCAGUGCAGCGGGUAAGGAACGAGCGAAGAGGCAUGGAAACACGGCCGAAGGCAAAUCUCAGCCCGCUCCAAGGGAUGGGGAUGUUCGAAUGGCUUCAGCCCACCACAUUCAAACGCAUCGACGGAGAUGCGAAUGUCUUGCCAGAGACGCAAAUCUCAGUAACCUGCAACCAGUAUCCCUUGCAGAUUGGCGGCACACAAUUCAUUGACAGCCGAACGAAUCAAUGUCUUGCCGUACAUCAUCACCUGGAGCACCGCCGUGGAUCCCAGGUCGCAACGGUAAACAUAGGGGUUACGGCUCACGCACAGGAAGCGAUACCGUUCCCACUAGCAGAGAUCACAGGCCAGUCCCAGGGCCAGAUCUCCUUGAACAACUUGGGCAGGUGUUCAGCCUUGGAGGAGAAGAGAGAUGCCAAGGAGGAACAGAACGGGGACCGCUACUUACGCAAAGACCUUAACGAUAUGGAUCCUUUCAACAUUACGCCGACGCCUUCAUUCACUACCGGCGCCUUAAAGGCUUUAGAGACAGAAACCCUAUAUGUACUGAUUGCCAAUAUGCCCGAUGAUGAUGAAACACAAAGAGAUACGGUUUACUGACCAUAAAGCCGAUCGAGCCGGUUGAACAUGAUGCAACCGUUUAAUGUUGUCUCGAAGUAUGGAGUUAUAGCAUCAUUUGUCAACAUUUGUCAACAUUAGAGAGGCAGGUUAUGACCGUACAUGAAAUAAUGGAUAUAACAAGCACUUUUCAUCUUCGAAUGUUUGGCUCUUUAUCUGAAAGCCGUUAGAAACCAGAUGGUUGACCAUGUCUUACAAAAGAAGCUAUUUUGACGUAUCGAACAGGCUUCGACAGACUAAACUACCGCAAUCAUGAAUCCUGAAACAGCCGAAAAUAUAACCAAGGUUGUAGGUCAGGCUAUAAAAAUAGAG